AUGAGUCCCACCCCAUCAACAGAGCAAGACAAGCAGCAACAACAACAACAGCAGACUGACAAUGGUGCAACGUCAUUGGUUUGUUUAGAUCCAAAACCAGAAACUCUUGAAUCCAUUUUUGAAUAUUUGAAAACUGAACAACAACUCACCAGUAUUGAAAACGAAAUAGAUUGUGAGCCAUUGCUUAAAUUUAAACAAACAUGUGAAGAGAACCAGAAAGGCAGAAAUGGAAACUCGGGCUUUGAUUGGGUUCAAUUUGAAGAAUGUUAUCAAAUUAUAUUUAAUGAGUAUUAUACUAAUACUCUGGAAAUAAUUGAACAAAUGAAUAAAUGUGAUGAAAGAAGUAAAAUUUGGAUGGAACAAUAUCUUACUUUAGAUAGAGAUAGAAGCAUUGCAAGACUAGAUAAAUCAGAAGCUUGGAUUAGUGGGAAAAAUGCCGAAUUGGAUCAAAUGGCUGAACAAUUUAAAAAGUCUAUAGAACUGAUAAAGAAGGAGUCAAAGAAGUUUUAA